UUGAACUACACAUAUUGAAGCGACUUGUUUUGCUUGCACAAGCUGAAUUUCCUCUCUGUUUUCCACGUUCGAAAAUAAAAGAUUAAGGAUCCAUACUUUUAAGAGUGGGAGAGAGGGUAUAGAAGGGGGAGAAACUUUCCAUGUGUUCCUGUGUGAGUGAAUGCAGGGAGCGGAUACGAACAACCAUUUAGCAGUUUCUUUAGAAAGAGACUGUCGAUUUUGAUCGACAAAACGGGCUAAAAAAUAUACAAAUGCAGAAGAAAGAAAGGACGUUUUAGAGCACGUUUUGUAAACAUGCUAGCUUAAGAAUAUUUUUUGGAGAAUGGUGGGAAUUUGAGUAAUCCGCAGCACCGCGUUCACGCUUCUAGGCUUGGUUCUGCUCGUUUUGAUGCCAGAUUUACUACAAAGGGCGGAGUUGUUUAUGGAUAGAGAUAUUAAAUUUUCCUAUCACAAUUUUUUGUGUCAGAACAAAAGUUAUCGUGUCACAAGUUGUUGAAAAAACGGCUGUGUGUGUUGAUGUGCUCACUAAGUAAAUAGAAUUGAAUGCUCCGCAAAGUUGUUUUAAUACCUGCAAGAGCCGGUGUAGUAAACGAACGAACCCACAGCUUCAACGCAUACACCUCCCAGAAAGCAGCGGGCCUCCUUCAUGUUUUUUUCCCUGCUGCUCGGUGGGACAUGGAGCUGUACAUGUGAAUUUCCGAAAGAUGGGGGAAAAUCUGUGACUCAAAAGCACCACCAAUCCAGGUUAUAUCAAAAGUCAAAAAUGUCCAACCUGCAGACAUGCCAAAAGAUGGCACACAGCUUCCAUCACCUCCAAAUACGAUCACCUAUGAACCAAGAAACAAAGCGCUUUUUUUUCUCGUCAUGGGGUUAUCAUUCUCUACACGCUUCUACAAGUUAGCAGAGCCUCCUCAUGUGUGUUGGGACGAAACGCACUUUGGAAAAAUGGGAAGCUACUACAUCAACAGAACCUUCUUCUUUGACGUCCAUCCGCCUCUCGGAAAAAUGUUGAUAGGUUUUGCUGGUUUCAUGACUGGUUAUGAUGGUACUUUUCCCUUUAUAAAACCUGGAGACAAAUAUAAAGGACACAACUACUUAGGGAUGAGAGGG